AUGGAGGCGACCACCGCCCUCACGAUGUGUUCCGCGCCGCCGUCCCCACUGGCGUCCGGCGGCGUGGCCUACUCGCCAUCGGCCGCUUCCCGCGCCGCGGGCCCGAGCGUCUCGAGCGAGGCCACCGCGGCCAGGUACGGCGAGAUGAUGUCCGCGCUGGAGGCGGCCGUGACACGCUCGGAGUUCGAGCAGGCCCAGGCAAUUCACAGCCGCCUGGCCGCCUUCGUGCGCACGCUGGACUGGUCAGAGCGCACGGCUCUGGAGGGCCUGUGGCUCAUGCCCGGCUGGAACAACGGGCGAAUCAUGCGGCUUCAUUCGCGAUGGCAGGCUCUGAAGAUCCACCGCGGCUGCUGGUCUGAGUGGUGCAGCCACCUGCAGUCAGAAGGCGCCUGGCAGGGCGCCGUGACGCCUUUCUCCUUGCGGGAAUCAGCUCGGGACCUGGUGUACCUCGCCCCGCCUGGGCCACACCGGGCAGAGCUUUGGAGAUUCUGCGCAGGCAGCGCGCAGCAUCACGACUCGGCGCAGGUUGUCGUCUCUGACAGCGAGCCACAGAUUUCGCCGAAUGAGGCCGAAAAAGACCCGGACUCGCCCAUGGUGCUGGACAUCGAGCGCACCCCCAACCUGGAGGAGGAGCAAAGGGGGGUGUUGCAGCGGGUGCUGCGGGCGCACUUCAAGAGGAGGGGAGCCGCGCUGCCAGAGGGCAACAAGGGUGAGCACUACGUCCAGGGCAUGCACCUUCUGGCUGCCUGCCCUAUCUGGGCUGGGCUGGAGCCGGCACAGGCGCUGCAGGUGUUCGAGUACGUGCUCGACGGGCUCUGCGCCGGCUACUACAGAGACGUGGCCUUCAGGGCGUUCAAGCGAGACGUGCACGUCGUCGAGGCGCUCGUCGCCGAUCGGCUGCCGCGGCUCGCCAAGGCCCUGGACAUCGGCGGGGUGCCCGUGAUGCUUCUGGCGUUCGACCCGCUGCUCUGCCUCUUCGCGCUCUACCUGCCGAGGGCCGUGGUGCUGCGCGUGUGGGACGUCCUGCUGCUCGAGGGCGCGGUGGCCAUCUUUGCGGUGCUCUUGGUGCUGCUCGAGCUCCUGCUGCCCGAGGCCGUGCAUCCCCGAGGGGCCGGCGAGCCCGAGCCGUGCUGGACCUCGUUCCCGUUCGUGGAGCGCUUCCACGAGAGGUCGGCGGCCCUCACGCCCCACCAGGCCGAGGCGGUCAUCAAGAUGGUCCGCUCCAUGCUGGAGGGCCAGGACCGCGACCAGGUGCAGGGUGCGGGCACCGGGCUUCGGCAGAGGGUCCUCGACCUGCGGCGGGAGGCCGUCGCGGCCGAGGCCGGGCAGCUCUCGCCCGCCCGCCAGCGGGCGGACAGUGCGUGGUGGGACCAGGCGAUGGAGCAGGCCAUGCAGCAGGCGGCGGAGGCCAUGGAUCAGGUGCGCCUGUGGUGGCGGUCGGCGAGCGACGCCGACAGCGUGCUGAGCCCCGCGCAGUCGCCUUUCGGGUCGGGGCGCCGCGCAGGCUGGCCCGUGGACCUCGGCGGGCGGCCGCCGCAGCCGCCGGCGCAGCCGCGGGCGCCUCCCAGCCCGGCGGGCGCCUCGCCGGCGGCCGCGGAGGGCCCCUGCCCGCAGAUGUGA